AUGAUGAAAACAAGUGCAGAUAGCUAUAAGAUUACUGAAGAAUUUUGUUGUAGAAUGACGGACACGACGAAAGAAUGGUAUCACAAUCUUGGAGCUUUCAAACAAGAUGAGUUACACCGUCUAGAAACUAUAGCUAUUGUUCUUGGGGUUCUUCACCGAGAAUUUAUCGGUGAUAUGGAAAUAUUUGAUAGGAAAAACAGACAAGAAUCAAUGUUGUCUAUCUGCAAAAAUUACUAA